UAUAAAACGUUUUCGACUUUCGUUGGAGAUAACACUCGGACAAAGGGAUUUCAGGUUUUUACCGGUCGUCUUGGAUGCUCGCAUCCACUAGUAUGUGAUGUGUAUAUAUUGGAUGACAUAAUGUCAACAUAAAUAAAUAUAUAUAUAUAUAUACUGUAUAAGUAUACCUAUAAGUAUUGUAUGAACAUUAUAUUUAUUGAAGAAAGCAAUAAUCCUGAAGAUUCAAACUUUAAAGACACCUGCUCACAUUCAAAAUUAAGGUUCAUAAAUCGUUAUUGCGAAUUACUACUGUGCAAAAGGUUGAUAUGACGAGGUGACAAUAUAAGCAGUUACGGAGAUGUAAUGAAUUUUGUCAAGAGGAUAAGAAAAAUUUGCAUGAUUUUUGCCGACAACGUUAAGUAGAUGAGUAGACUCCGUAUUCAUACAUAAAGUUGAUCAAUUAUAUACAAAACAUCAUGGACAUGGACGACCCGCUAGUUACUAUUCGCAUGCAGUACGUUGAAGACCUAGAGGAUAUUUUGCAAUGCCCGGUAUGUUGGGAAUUACCAUCUGGAUUAAUAUUCACUUGUAUGAAGGGUCAUCACAUUUGUGAACAUUGUCAAACAAAAGAUGGACUCAAUGUAUGCCCAUCGUGCGAAAGUAAUUUUAAUGGCUCGCGUAAUUACUUAGCUGAGAGCUUAUCGUCCAAAUUUGACGAUAUUAAGAAUUCAAUUUUAGAUCCAGCACAUCGUAUCAAUAGAAAAAUCGUAAAAAAACACAUUGAAACUCAAACUGCUUCGACUGAAACUAUUUCUGUAAAUACCCAAACCGAAGUAGAUAACAAUUCGGUAUCCACGCAAACGAAUUUCAGUGAAUGCUCCAUUGAAACUCAAACCGAGUUAAAUGUUAUCGAUGUUGGAACACAAAUGGAUGAACAAUUACAACCUAAUACACGAGCGUCAUUUAUGGUAAAAGAGAACCAUAAUGUUACCGUUGGUGCGAUUAAAGAAGAUAGCACAUCCACUAAAGACAAUAACUAUACAAUUUCUUGUUUACUCGAAUCCUGCGAAGAUAAGUGUUCGUACGAUAAUAUCGUUCGCCAUAUAGAGCUGAAUCACAAAGAGCAUCUAAUGAAGGUAAAUUUGCCAAAGAACGACGGGUUAUAUCGCACUGAAUGGAAUAUAUUGUACGGAAAGGGCACGUCAUUUGAUUAUGCGAUAGACAUCCUUGAUAUAGGUUUGAUUUUUUUCAACGUUUCCAUUGAUCCCGAAGGCAACUUAUUUGGGAAUAUCGAAGUCGUUAAGUACUAUGGUAUUAACGAACAGCAGCUUUAUUACCUCUUGAUGAUUACAAACUCUCAAAACGGUUUACUGUCAGAAGUGUUCAAAGGAGUUGUACCAUCUUAUUUGUGUGAAAAAAACAACAAUACGGAUAAUAUUUUCAUAUCUGGGGCAAGUUUUUCGCGAUAUUUGUUGAAUGAAAAGAAACGUUUCGACUGCUCUCUAACUUUGUAUCGUCCCGAGGAUUUUUAAAAGUCGACUUGCAUUUAUUUAGAACUCGAUCGAGCACUAACUUUAUUCCUUAUUUUUAUUCUACAAUAGCUAUAAUUAAGUAGUAUAACGUAAUCUGUUGAGAGAGUAUUUUGUACCUUUCAAAUAAUUUUUUGAUAAAUUAAAAAAAUAACAUUUUCCAAUAAUGAACCGUAUUUCCGCCAAUGUGUUUAUAUUUUAUAUGAAUAAAAUCGUUGGAACAUUAAGUAUAUAAAAGAAUACAAUUUUUGUUUUGCACUCGCAAGUUGAUUAGCUCGUCUAAAUAUAACCUAGUCUAUAUAGAAAUUGCAAUAUAGUCGGUACUGACAACGCAACGUUUUCUCAAAUUACUCAUAUCGAUGUCUACCAUACGCGAGAACAUGCGUGUGUGACAAUAUAUGAACAAUAAUUGUAUCCUGCAUGGGAUUUUGUUGAAUAAAAUUCGCACAGACUCCGCGAUUCACUGUUGCAAACGA